AUGAACAUCUCACAAGCACACAUCAUACACAUGGCACUCCUCUCGCUCUCCGCAAUCCUCUGCCUGGCCACUGCAGCACCCGUCGCAAAGACGGAUGCAGAGGUGCACGAAAUUUCACAACGCGGGCUCGUUAACGGCAUUGGAUCCUUCUUCGCUGUCGGCCUAGGCGCGUGUGGUGCGUGGUCGCAGCCAUCGGACAUGGUCAUUGCUCUCCCAACCGCCCAUUACGCAGGUGGUGCCAACUGCUGGAAGCACUACACGGUGACCAACACCAACACUGGAAAAGUGAUGGACGCGACUGCUGUAGAUUUGUGCCCUACCUGCCAAGACAACCAGAUCGACUUGAGCAGAGGUCUCUUCAGCGAACUCACCAAUGGGAAUAUGGCUCAGGGUUUGUGUGACUUGACUUGGACUCCAGCAUAA